UAGCGAUUCGGAGGUGUACGACAGGUUCGCCCGUUCAGAUCUGCUCUGCCAGGCUCAGAAAUUUCACGUUCUUUUAGUGAGCACCGCGAGUGAGUGAUAAAAUUUGGAUCGCGAAUUGUGGCAGAAUUUCGAGAAACAACAGAACAUUUUAAUUCGCACUUAAGUGAUUCGUGAAUCUUAAUUGACGCCUGGUCGUGAAUUGUCAUCGCGUUUUUGGCUUUGGCCAGUUCGGUUUAUGGGAUCGUUAACGGAAAUGCAUUUAUUACGCUGGUCGCUGUGGACGUGGAUGCUGCUCCUUGGCGCAGUGGGAAUGGAUGCGUCUGUUGACUACUUCGCCUACGCUCCCGGCAAGUGCGAGUUGUCCAUUUCGAAUGUGAUCCAGGACAUGAUUACCACUGAGGCUGGCCUUAUCCUCGGAAGGCCUCGUCCCUCGCAAACGAAGCUGCUGCGGUACGAUCUUUAUACUCCGCUUAAUCCCGAGGAGCGUCAAUUACUGCGACCAGGUGAUCUGACCAUGCUAAGGAACUCGCAUUUCAAUCCCAAAUGGCCAGUUAGGGUUUCCAUUCAUGGCUGGGCGGGAAAGAGUGUCACCUGCUCGAAUGCCGCCAUCAAGGAUGCCUACCUAUCCCGGGGCAAUUACAACGUCAUAAUUCUGGACUGGAGUCGCCAGGCGUUGGACAUCAGCUACCCACGUGUGUCAAAGCAGCUUCCAUCGAUAGCUGGCAAUGUGGCCAAGUUGCUGAGGUUUCUCCAUGACAACACAGGAGUUCCCUACGAGCAAAUCUAUUUGAUUGGCCACAGCGCCGGGAGUCACAUCUCUGGAUUGACUGGCAAGCUGUUAAGGCCGCAGCGCUUGGGUGCCAUUUUCGCCCUGGAUCCCGCUGGUCUCACUCAACUCAGCCUGGGACCCGAAGACAGGCUGGAUGUCAACGAUGCCUUGUAUGUGGAGUCAAUUCACACGGAUCUAACGCUCCUCGGCAAUCCGAGUACCAAGCUCAGUCAUGCCUCCUUCUUCGCCAACUGGGGCCUCGGGCAGCCACAUUGUCCCAACGCCACGGCCACGGAGUUCGAUUUUGUCUGCGACCACUUUGCGGCCAUGUUCUACUUUGCCGAGUCAGUCCGUCAUCCGAAAUCAUUUGCCGCCUUGCGCUGCAGCUCGGCGAAAUCGGUGCUCUCGGCCACCUGCAACUGCAACGUUGGAGGCAGCGGAAAAUAUGCAGUCCAAACAUGCACCGGCAACGAGUUCAUGGGCGGUGAGCCGGCGGUCCCCAAAAGAGGUAUCUUUUAUCUGAGCACGAAGCCCCAGUCUCCGUACGGCUCCGGCGAUGGGCUGGUUCACGUUAAAAGACCCCGGCCGUCCACUGUUCGGGAGACGGCAAACCGACGCCCAUUUGGCUAGAUCUAGAUCGGAGCACGCCAAGAGUGCUACAGACCAAAAAGUGAUUUUUUUUUGUAUUUAAGUCUAGACUAAGCCAAGAAUCUAUCCUCCCAAAGAAUUCGAAUUAGGCAAACAUUAUUUAACUCUUAAUUAAUCAUUCGGUAUUUCUUUAAUAAAGUGGAUCAGUCCGCAGGUUUAUGGAGGUAAUUAAA